GCUCAAAUAAAAUAGAAAGCAAAUUUCGUUUGCGAAACGAAGACAGCAGUUGCGGAACUAAUUGAGCAAAAAAUGGAUCGAAAACUGCACAGCGGUAUACAUCAUCCUACGCUGCGGCUGCUGCAGGAGUCUGGCUGUGAAAUAGUGCCACACAACCUGAUGUAUCCUGUCUUCAUAAUCAGCAACGACGAUGAGGAACAACCCAUUUCGAGCAUGCCGGGCAUAUCACGCUACGGCGUGAACCGAUUACGCGAGCACUUGGAGCCCCUGCUCGAAAAGGGUUUGGCGUCGGUGUUGCUCUUUGGCGUGAUAGAGUGCGACCUCAAGGAUGAGCUGGCCUCCCAUGCGGACUCGUCGCUGAAUCCUGUGGUCCAGGCAUUGCCCAAGCUGCGCAAAUGGUUUCCAGAUUUGCUCAUAGCCUGUGACGUGUGCAUCUGUCCGUAUGCCUCGCACGGCCACUGCGGCCUUCUGUCCGACAAUGGCCUGGAGAAUGCGCAGAGCAUCAAGCGGAUAGCCAACAUUGCGGUGGCCUAUGGCAAAGCUGGCGCUCACAUUGUGGCCCCCUCGGACAUGAUGGACAACCGCGUGCGAGCGAUUAAACAGGCGCUGAUUGACGCCAAUCUGAACAGCGUUUCACUGCUGGCCUACUCGGCGAAGUUUGCGUCCAACUUCUAUGGCCCCUUCAGAGAGGCAGCACAGUCGGCGCCAGCUUUCGGAGAUCGUCGCUGCUAUCAGCUGCCCAGUGGGUCGCGCAAUCUGGCCAUGCGGGCGGUUCAGCGUGAUGUCAGCGAAGGCGCCGACAUGCUCAUGGUAAAGCCCGGCAUGCCCUACCUGGACAUCUUGCGCCAGACCAAGGACACAUAUCCAUACCACACCCUGUACGUUUAUCAGGUGUCUGGCGAGUAUGCCAUGCUAUAUCAUGCUUCCCAGGCGGGCGCCUUUCCAUUGCGCGAAGCGGUGCUGGAGUCAAUGAAGGGCUUCAAACGUGCCGGUGCCGAUUGCAUUAUAACCUAUUUUACGCCCUAUCUUCUGGAUAUAAUCAGCAAAUCGGCGUAACACGGCAACAGGACAAUACGAAAUGUGGCUCUCUCUUGGCGUUCAAGUGUACUUAGACAACCUCAAAGAAACAAUCUAGUUUUAAGUCGAAAGCGUGCAAAUAUUAGUAUAGUUACAAUUUAAAUAUUUGUUUGUCCCAUAAGAGAAAUAUUGGCAAUUCAUGCCCACGGUUCCAUUUCCCAUUCACUGCUUUAUAUAUAUAUAUAUAUAUUUAUAUUUAUAUAUAGUUGUAUUCAAUUGUCAUUCAAUAUGCUUAUCAGCCCAACCGAUUUGGAAGGCAAAUGUGUUCAGCCCCAUUUCGAUUGCGUCACAAAACGUUUCCAACUUUGGCAUUUCAAUUACCGAAAAGCCAAAGCGCACAAUCAGCAUGACAAGUUCCAGGUACAUUUGCUACAGUGAUCGCUAGCAAAUUAGAACUUUCACAUAUUAGCUGUUUCCUAUUAGAUUCUUAAAUUUACUUAUAUUUUGGUAAACAUUUUUAUUGAUUUAUGUUAUUAAAAGACUUUUAAAUAUGCAUAAAGUGUUCAUACUUUUAUAAUUGGUUCAUUAAUGAUUUUAAUCGAAAGCUUCCCUUGGCGUUCUCCUACGCGAGUGACUACUGUAUUUAGAACUUGAGCGCUAUGAAUAUUGAUUUCAUUUUUAGGUGAAACAAUGUCCAAGGCGCAUGUAAACCUUAUUUAGCAUUUGAAUGUUCACACUUUAAUUAAAUAUACAAAUUGUUUUGGUUUGCAUUAGAGUGACAAUGAAAUUGGCCUAAAUCUUAGGUGCUAAACUUAAUCGUGUAUUAAGUGGUGCAAUAUUUAGUCUUGGAAUGUGAUGCAGAAUCACAAAAUAAAGUGCAUUUAAGUACACGAAA